UCAACAUAUUCGGUUAUCAUUCGAUAUUCGACAUUUGGCAUAGAUGAAUAUUCGCUUUAAAAAAAGUAUUAACAAUUAAUACUAGCGGUUCUAUUUAUGUUGAAAUAUUAAUUUGUGUAUUUACAUCGUUCAUUAGAGAUCGGUUAUAAGAAAUAAAAAAUUGUACACACAUUCUAUCCAACUUUUAAUAUAAAACAUGGCGUCAGCUUCAAGUACCAGUGCUCGCAGUUUAUUUGUCGAAUCAAAAAUGAGGCUGGCUGACAGGGUUCAAGUUAAUGUAAAUAAUAUUGCUUCUCUUGCAAGACAAAUACAGAGAGGUUCUAAAAGCAGCGAUAUAUUGAUGCACAGUGCAAAAAGUUUUGCGCAACAGGAACAUGGUUUAGAAAUUGCAGAAACGAAUUUAAAGAAACUUUCUCUCAUAGUCACGCAUUUAGAAUAUCAAAUGGAAUCUCUUGGUAGGAGUUCUGUAAUUUUAGAAGAAGUUACAGAACAAGUACGUGCUAUGCAAAGAUAAAUUGUACUAACAGAAAUUAAUUACAAAUUUUUCAUGUAUUUCGUGCAUUUGUAUUAUAUUGUUACGCUUUCAUGAAGAAGUCUUGUUACAAUUAGUAGAGUUAAAAUGGGAAACUGUAGGUCACACGAAGGACACUAUAAUUCAGUUAUAUUAUAUUUUAAUUACAGUGCAAUUCAUUUACACUAAUGCUUACAGUGAUUAGCAAUAGAAUUAACUGAGAAGCUUAAA